AGCUUGUUUUUAACUUCACAAUCAACCUUUACUAUCAAGUUAUCAACAAUAUUUUCUAGAAAAAGAAAAAAGUAAAAAAAAAAAUGGGAGAGAAGAUCUUGAUCAUCGGUGGAACAGGAUACAUCGGCAAAUUCGUAGUUGAGGCCAGCGCUAAAUCUGGGCAUCCCACUUUCGCUUUGAUGAGAGAGGCAUCCCUCUCUGAUCCAGCCAAAUCUGAGCUCGUCGAAACCUUCAAGAAUUCUGGUGUCACCUUCCUAAUUGGAGAUCUGAAUGAUCACGAGAGCUUGGUGAAGGCUAUAAAGCAAGUGGAUGUGGUUAUAUCAACCGUGGGCUUCAUGCAGAUUGCUGAUCAAUAUAAGAUUAUUGCUGCGAUUAAAGAGGCUGGAAAUGUGAAGAGGUUCUUACCAUCAGAAUUUGGGGGUGAUCUGGAUCGUUGCCGUGCCGUGGAUCCCAUAAACCAAAACUUUCAGCUAAAGAUACAACUCCGCAGAGCAAUAGAGGCAGAGGGCAUUCCUUACACCUACAUCGUCUGCAACUUGUUUGCCGGCUACGCCCUCUCCAAUUUCCUGCAGCUGGGCGCCACUGCUCCUCCCAGAGAUAAAAUUGUUAUCCCCGGAGAUGGAAAUGUUAAAGCUGUGUUCAACGAGGAACAUGACAUUGGUGCAUACACCGUGAAAGCUGCGGUUGAUCCCAGAACAUUGAACAAGAUCCUCUACAUUAAGCCUCCUCACAACAUAUAUUCAUUCAAUGAGUUGGUUGCCUGCUGGGAGAAGAAGAUCGGCAAAACCCUCGAGAAGAUAUACGUGGCAGAGGAUGAGCUUCUGAAGCAGAUUGAAGAGUCGCCGAUGCCGGUGAAUGUGAUAUUGUCGAUCAACCACUGCAUAUUCGUGAAGGGUGAUCAGACCUAUUUUGAGAUCGAUCCGGCCGUCGGGGUUGAGGCUUCCCAGCUCUAUCCUGAGGUCAAAUACACCACCGUGGAUGAGUACAUCACUCAGUUCGUGUAGGUUAGCUUCUCCAUGGAGAGAAUAACUGGUUUCUUCUGUUGAUUCACGUUUGCUAUGUUUUGUUGGCUUAUGAUGAUAAGUGCCAUCUACGUUAAUAAAAUAUGAAUUUUAGCAAAUAAAUUUCAAUAUACUUUAAUUGUCUAU